UCUGCUGCGUGCCAGGCCUUGUACCCAGUCCUGGGAGUGUAGAGGUAACCCGAGAGACUAGAAACAGGCUUCUUAAGGAAAAAUUAAAUCUGCCCCCAACUAGACUCCCUAUAUAAAGUCGUCCUGGCCAGACCUGAGCUGCCCUCUGUGCCAGCCGCUGGGUCCUGACUUCCACAGUGGCCGUGCUCUCAUGCCCUCCCAUGCCCAUGCGCUCUCUGGUCUGCACAGGCCAGGUGUUGGGAGAGCCAGGCACAGUGAUGAGCAGCCCCCCCAGGUGACCUGUCUCUGACCCAGAUAUCAGGUAGCUGGGCUGGGGAGGAGGCAGGAGGGGAAGGGGCCAGGACGAUUGUUUGACUCAUCGGAGGUGUCCUGAGGUUUCCCGGGCUGCAGCAGACAAUCAGCGCAUUGUCACCAGGGCUGCAUCAUGGAGCAGGGGAGCUGCCGGGCCGAGAGCCCCGGGUCUGGACCUGUUGGGGUGAGUGCCUCCCACCACUCGGUGUCCUCUCCUUGGACAAAGACCCAGGGCCUGUCCUGCAGGGGCAGGAGAAGCGUCCACCUCCCAUACCUCCUCAGCCCCUUCCUUCCCUGAGCCAGCCUGUUGCCUGGUCUCCACUCCAAGCCCCAAUGACUGCAAUGUGCUUCCACAUGAAGACCAAGCCCUGCCACGGGGGCUGGAGAGCUCCUGGCCUGCUACUGCUGCUGCUGGCACUGGCCACCGCUGGGGCCGUGGCUGGAGGGCUUCUUGGCUUCGCUCACAGCCCUCUCAAGCCACUGCUGCAGACGCUCCGUCUGACCCUCCCGAGCCCCAGGGUGCCCCGGACCAACCAAACCGAACAGGUGGAUGUGGCCCAGAAUGUGGCAACCAUCAGGGUGACUCCAGCUCAGAGCAACCACAGCUGGGCAGUGCUGUUCGACGGGCAGAGCGGUUGUGUCUGUUACCGCCCCUCAGAGCACCGGGCCUGCUUCCUCUGCCUAAUGGAACCCAGAGACCGCGAGACAUUGCAGCUGCUGGUGAACACCUCUUGGCCCCAAGGGACUCGCAGCCCCAGCCAGGACACCCACUAUGCCCAGGAGCUGCUGGCAGUGCUUGGGAGCCAUGAGGUGGACCCUGCCCAGGUGGGGGCUUCUGUGCGGAACCUUUGUGCAAAGACCCCCAUUUACUGGGCCCGACGAGCAGAGAGGCCCCAGAGGCAGUGGCUGAUCUACCUAUGCAUCGACAUCUGCUUCCCAAGCAACAUCUGCAUGUCCGUCUGCUUUUAUUACCUCCCGGACUAAGCCCUUGCAGCGCAGCCCCUCAGGCCAGCCAGCUGGCCGGCGCAAUCACCAGUCCAUGGAGGGUAGCUGCUGGCGGGGCUAAUAAACAACUCCACCUGGCCGUGACGGUGUCCUCUGUGGCCUCGGGACACGAAACAGUGGCAGGGACGGGAAGGAGGAGGCACUGGCUUGGGGGUGGGCACCAGCCUCGGAUCCCCCUCAGCGGCUCUAGGCCCUGUGGGUCCAGAAUUUCUGAAGGGAAUGCAAGCUGCCUAGGGUGGGCCUCCUGAGCCU